CGCUCCGCUCCCGGCUCCGCCGCUCGCCGUCCCCCGCCGUCCGCGGCUCCUACCUGCGUGCCCCGCGCUACCCCGCGUCCCCGCGCGGCAUCUCCCGGCGCUGCCGGCACUGGGGCGCCUCCCGGCGGGGCGCAGCGGCGCGGCGGGGCCGGAGCGCGGAGGGGAGCGGCGCUGCCCGCGCGGCCCGCGCCGUCCGGCAGCGCUCGGCGCACUGCAUGUUCCCGGCAGCCCCGCGGCCGCAGCCUUAUGCACCGCGCGCACACGUCACCGCGCGCCGCGGCCAAUCGCCGCCUCCGCCGCCGUCGCCCCCCGUGGCCCCCCCGCGCCGCGCCGCCGCCGGACGGGGCGUCCGCGCCCCUUUAUAGAGCCGCGAGGGCGCGGGGCGCCGCCGGCCGUCGCCUUCGCCCGGUAAAGGUGCGCCCCGCGCGGAGCCCCGGGACGCGCUGCAGCGGCGUUAGCGAAAGCAUCUGCUCGGCCCGGCCCCCGCCCCCCGCCGUUCCCGGCCGCUUUCCGCCGCGGCUCCGCUCUCCGCCCCCGGAGCCGCGGGUGCCCGGGGCGCGUCUCGCACCCCCGGAGCGGUGCCCCCGUCGGGAUGCGGGGCUGAUUGCCGCCCCACUGUCCGCCCGGCACCGCGCGGCGCCGCUCCUCCGUUUGGUUCGGCGAGUAUGAAUUUCGCUGGCACCGCUCCCGCCCGGUUCGGUGUCCCCGCUGUCCCCACGGCCGCUCCUCGUUCCCCGCACGGACACCCCCGGGCGCAGCGGUGGGAGCACUCCCGGCGGCUCUCUCCUUUCGCCCGCUCUGCCCUUUCCCCCCUCGCAAGCUGUGAGCACGGCCGGGCCCGGCGCGCUGCAGCAGUUCGCUUUCACCCUUCCCGCGGCCGCCGCGAGUUGCGGGGCCUCCGUCGGUACCACGGAGCGCUGCGGGGCUGGGAGGGCCCUUCGCCCCGAGAGCGAUUUCUAAGGGCGGGCGGUGCGCUGCCCCCAACCGGGUCCGGGGAUGCGGGGGUCCGUUGGGCUCCCCUCGGCCCCGCACGGCCCGCUGCGCCUCUCCAGCAACUUUCCCCGCAGUGAGAGGGCGCGGGGUCGGGGCGCCGCCUGAACAAAGGUCUGCGGGGCGACGUCCCGAGCGAACAGCGCGGUGCGGCGGUGCUCCCACCCGUGGCACAGCCCUGCGCUCCCCACGGCCGGACGGGACGCCGCGCCGCGUCGGUGCCGACGAGCGCCGAAAAGAGCUCGGAGUUGCGGAGCGGUGCCCCGCAUCGCUGUGCCGCUCGCGGUGCGAUGCGGGGGUACGCACGGCCCCGCCCCCCUCCCCAUCCCCAACCCGGACGAACCCCGCCGGGGUUCUCUGCACGUCGGUAAAUGUCGUCGCUUACAUCCAAAGCUCUCGAUUUGUUUAUGGGAAAAUACAGUUAAUAAAUAAUUACAACUCCGA